GGCCCUGCUGAAUGAUCCUAGGACUGUGCAAUGUGGUGCAAUGCUGCGGAUUCCUCAUUGACAUCAGGCUCAUGCGUUCAAUGGUUGGCUGUGCACCCGUCUCUCCCCUUGGUCAGGUUUGCGCACCGCAAGUUAUAGUGGUGGCUCAUGCAGCCGGCUGGCAUUGAGGCGAUCAUUUGUACCUGUUGAUUAUGGUGGGCCGUGGCUGGUGGGCUGCGCUGUGCACCGGGAGCCAAGCGGGCGCCGCCACUCUGAGCCGCUCUUGUAGACCUGGGCUGUGGUUUGUGCGUGAGGCCUGCCCCGAUGCUGCUGUGCCGGAUCUUUGCAGUCCAGCCAACAUGGUCCGGAACGGCCUGGUUGAAACGGAAGAGGUGGCAGAACGAUGCACUGAUGCUGCACCAGCAAUGGACAAUGGUCGCAGGUGCAGGCGCCCAGCUGCAGGGCGAGGGGCGCUCUUGUUCUCAACUGCAUCCGGAGAGGACAUGCAGGCGUCCCAAUUGUGGCUGCGUAGAGCAUCUAGUUGCAUGUUUUCGUAUGCUCCAGUUUGCGAGGCAUCAGCCGGUGUGCGAAAGCAGGGCUUCCAUUCCACCCCACCCGUCGCAGCCAAGCCCAAGAAGGCAAACACUGGAUCGGGGCAGACAGAAGACAAAAAGAAAAAGGUGAACAACAAGGGUUCUCACAAGAAGCAGAAGAGGAUGGAGGCCAAGGCCAAACUUAAUGAGUGGCGGGACUGGUGCAACGGCCAGACCUCCACAGACCAAGGUUUCACCUACAUCUUCAGUGGCGGCCAAGCGUUCUUCACCUCCGAGGUGUUUAAUGCUUCUCAAAGGAGGCGCGCCCGCCAAUCGCGGCGUGAUCGGGAUGCCCAGUGGUCUGCGGCGUGGGAACAGUGGGAGCCCGGCAGCUCUCGCACAUAUGCCAAGACCUGGGUUGACAUGGACCUUGACGACUUUUGGGAGAAGGUGUUCGGGGGACAGCACUUUGGAGAGGAGGAGGAGGAGGACAUAGGUCGAGAACAGCGGUCACGCAAGGCGCGUUCUCGAUCACGAGGAGGCUGCAACGGCCUACGAUGCCUUGAAAACGGGGGCAUACAGCUAGUGAGUUGUAUGCACCUAGAUGAGAUUGCCUGCUCCUGUGUACACAUUGAUGAAGUCUACUGA